CUCAGCUGUUAGUAGCUGUUUGACAGUGGCAUAAGACAGAACGGUGUUCCUCUCGAGUGCAACCUUCUGACCGCAGAGAGUAAUCGCAGAGUUAGGUCGAAACGGCCUAAAAGCUAACAUUAAAAAACACUUUUUCGGGCCUAACAAAUCCUUGCAAAAGUAAAUAGCACUCAUGAGGGCUCUGGGUGGGCUCAACCUGCUUUUGGCCAUUGCUAUUUGUCAGGGUUACCAGGCGUACCAACGGUCUAGUUCCAGGUCUAGCUCGUCCGCAUUCUACGGCGAUGAACAGUCCUCACCAACUGUGCCACAUCUCAAUUCCUGGGCCUCAGCCCAUUUCAAAGAGGUGCGACAGAUGGCUAACCAACUUAAGCAAAAAUUCAACGUUCUUUCCCAGGGAUCUACAGUUUUUGGGUAUUUACCGCCAUGGACUGCUUCUAUUUUAGAUUUAAGCAAAAGAAGCGCUCACGAGCUAGAUGAAUUAAGUUUUAAAAUCAGCCAGCAGUUGGUCUUGGAUAUGCGACAGGGCAAUAUUGCGUACAGUACUAUAGCGCAACCAAACUUUUUUGAAGCAAAGGCAGCCGAACUGCUUGAGCGCUACGCUGAGAGCGAGAGCGUCAACUUACAAAAGACUGUAGGUCUUGGUUCUUUUCAACCUGUGGACUUCAGCGAAUACGAUGAGGUGAAGAACUACGCAUAUCCCGCUGAGGUGAAAGUUUUUGAAGGGAAGACCUAUUUGGUGCAUAGAAAUUGCACUGAAACGACUACAGUGCCGGAACAAGGUGUUUUGGGUCAAACGAAACAUACGUUCCUCGACAAUAAACAGACAUCUAUUCCAUUCGGUAGCAGUAUGACCACAUUGACGCAAAAAAAAACUAUCCGUGACUGGGUAAGGGAGAACAUGGAGCCAAGUGUGAUUGGCUACAAUUCCGUGGUUAAUGUGGAUGGUCACCAGAAGAACAGCGCUUAUAAUCAAAUUGCCACUGCAUUUCCUCAAUUCAGUUCAGAUAUGAUAAUACACAAAUUUAACAAAACGAUUACCACGAAUUUGGAUGGAACUAGUACCGUGGAUGGAUCGGAGUCGCAGCAGCGCUGGCAGGACGGAAAGUUGGUGUUUGAUAGACAAAAUCCAAUAAGCCAAAAAACGGUAUCGAGUGACGAGCAGUGGCAGCGCGAAGAGCGUGAAAGGCUCUUUUGGUAUCUAACUACACCGCAACAAAUCGUCGAUUGGCAUCAACAGCAAGAGGAGCGCAUGCUAGGCGUUGUUCAUCGCUAUCGGAUAAGUCUUGCUAUGCUCAAAGAGUUCCAUCGGCGGGAGCUGGCGCGCUACCAGGCUCUGUUGGAACAAGACCAGUCUCAUGCUCAAAAUAUAAGCAAUUGGGAACGGCAGGAGCGCGGUCGCCUGGACUGGCUGAUCCAGCAGAACUGUUUUACUUCCCAAGACCUUGAGCGCUGGCAGAACGAAAAUAACGGGAAGCUUUCCCAGAUUGCCCAACUGCACGGACUUAGUCGGAACAAGUUCCAAAAAUGGCAGCGCGAGGAGCUGCAACGUAUUCAUGCUCACUUAAACCAGGAAAACGAGUUGCGAGACUCGCAGGCUGCACCGUUGCCACUACAAUCUACCUAUACCUACGGUUCAUCUAGUUCCCUCCCUGAGGAUAACACCAAAGAGCAACAGCGAUUGGAUUUCCUGAUUGGUCAGCACAAUGCUACAAUGAUCGCACUCCAAAAUUCCAUUAAAGCAGACCAACAGCGACUGAAAAACCUUUCAAUCAAAUAUCAGGGAGAGAUGCAAAGCCAAACGCAUUGGCUUCGCGGUGAAGUAGCACGAAUUGGAGAUCUAAUUAAGCACCAAAACGAGCAAGUUUCGCAGAUCACUGCUUGGCAAAUUUCGGAGCGCUCCCGUCUAGAAACAAUUUUACUGCAACAUCGCGGAUCAUUGGACGAAUUACAGCUUCGGAUGAACCAAGACCGGAACUAUCUGCAAAAUCUGGCCACAAAGUACAAGGUGUCCGUAGAGGAGCUUGAAACGUGGCAGAACAAGGAGCUGAAGCGCCUUCAAGACCAGGGGCAUCAGCAGCUUAAUGAUCAAAUCAAAAACUGGCAAGCUAUUGUAAGCACCAACCUUCGAGAUAUAGCGGUUCAAAACCAACUGACGCUUGAGGAGUUUAAGACAUACAUUAUAAGUGAUCGCAGUCACUUGGAGGAGAUGGCGAAAACAUAUAAGGUAAAGGUGGAGGAGAUUGAGCAGUUGAUAAAAAGCGAGUUGAAGAAGUUUCAGUCAGAGGGUUUGCUUAAGGCUGUGGAGCAGGAGUUGAUUUUGUGGCAGCAGAAGGAACGUGACCGUCUGCAGGCCAUCGUGCAUCAGAACUCAAUGACCGUAGAGCAGCUGGAAACUCGGAUUAAGAACGAUCAAGACCACUUCUUUAAACUGGCCGAUAAGUACAAGAUCAGCGUUGAGGACAUUCAAGAUUGGCUAAAGAAGGAGUUGCUGCGGUUGCAGAGUGCUGGCUUGAUUAAGGCGGAAUCCUUAAAGGAGUGGCAGCAGCAAGAGCGCGCUCAAAUUUCUUUGUUAGUGCAACAGAAUAAAUACUCCUUCACCGAGCUCGAACGCAAAAUGCUGUCCGAUCGAGCACGUCUUCAAACCAUUUCGGAAACUUAUAAUAUUAAGGUAUCUGAGAUAGAGCAAUGGAUCAAGUCCGAGGGAGAUCGACUCCAAAAGGAGGGACAGCUGAGAAUGGAGUCACAGCUUAACAACUGGCAGAAAAUCGAGCACCAACGCCUUCUAGAUCUUAUUAAUAAGAAUAACCUCUCCAUCGAGGAAAUAGAGUCAAAGAUCAGUAAGGAUCAAACUCACCUCUAUAGCUUGGCCCAACAGCACCAGGUGCGUGUCGAGGAGAUCGAACAGUGGAUCAAAAAGCAGAUCCAAAAUUUGCAAAAUCAGGGCUUGAUAGAAAUGAAUAAGCUGAAAGACUGGCAGCUGGAAUGGCGCGGCAAUCUCACAAAUAUGGUGCAGGACCGCGACUUUACCGUCGAGGAGUUCCACAAGUGGCUGCUUAAGGAUCGAUCACAGUUACAGAAUUUAGCCAUGCAGCACAACGUACAGAUCGAGGAAAUAGAACAGUUUGUUCAUAAGGAGGAGCAGCGCUUCAUCGGAAUGGGUCUAUUAAAACCCAAUGAAAAGCUGACCAACUGGCAGGAGGUAGAGCGGUUGCAUCUUAAGAACCUGGCCCAGCAGCAGUUUAAGUCUACCGAGCAAUUGGAGGCCCGCUUAAGACAAGAUCGUGAGCUCCUUGAACACCUGGCGCGCCAGUACAGCGUUCAGGUAGAGGAAAUCGAAAGCUGGAUGAAGCAGGAGCUGGCACGCAUGCGCGACGAAGGACAGCUUCAAAUCGAUAAUCUUACAUCGUGGCAGCUGGCAGAACGCGAACGUUUGGAGACCCUGAUCAAGCAGAACCAGCAGUGGAGCGCCGAUGAGUUGAGAACCGAGUUGGAAAAGGAUCGCGAACACAUGCAAACAAUGGCAUUUCAGUACCACACAUCAGUCGAGGAGAUCGAGAAAUGGAUCGAAGGCGAAGUUGAACGGCUGAAACAGAAGGGAAAACUUAACAUCGAAAAACUAUCCGGCUGGCAACGCUCCGAACAGCAUCGAAUUUUCUCGCUUCUCCAGCAAAACUCCAAUAUAACCUUGGAGCAAUUCCAAUCCAAGAUACAAAAUGACCGUCGUUUUUUGAUAAAGCUUGCGGAACAGCAUCACGUUCAUAUAGAGGAAGUGGAGAAAUAUGUUAAGCAGGUGAUCGAUGACCUGCGCAAGAGUGGACAGUUUGAUAUAGAGCAACUACAAACAUGGCAGAAGGUGGAGAGAGACUAUAUUAAGAGUUUAAUUUCCGAGUACAAGAACGGGCUGUCUACUGCUGAAUACGAGGAAAAAUUACUAGCAGAUCGCGCCCAUCUAAACCAUCUAGCUGAUCAAUAUCGGCUAAACGUGGAGCAGAUCGAGGAGUGGAUGAUCGCGGAACUAAAACGUUUGCGUGGCAGUUCUGAGGAAUCUCUAAAAAACCUCAGCGACUGGCAGGUGUCCGAGUUGGAUCGCCUGCAAAACCUGGUGAAGCAGCAGAACCACCUUACCUUUGUGGAGUUCGAGCUUGAGCUAAACCAAGAGAGAGAGCGUCUGCAGAACCUAGCAAACAAAUACUCUGUAAGCAUUGUAGAAAUCGAAGAUUGGCUUCGACAGCAGCUGAUCAAACUGCGAACUACGGGUCAGACAACGGUCGAAAAUUUAAGCAAGUGGCAAGUAGACGAACAACAGCGACUUAUAGAACUACUGCUUAAAAAACAGCAAGAGAUACCAUACGAGCAAAUGGAGCAAGAGCUGACACAGGAUAACGCCCGCCUGCGUACCAUCUCGCAGACGCAUCAUGUAAAUAUUGAACAGGUUGACCAAUGGAUGCGAGAGGAGCUGCGACGACUUCAGAGCUCCGGUCUUAUACAGUUCGAUCAGCAGACAAGGUGGCAGCAGGAGAUCAGCAACGGAUUCAAAAAAUGGUUAAAGAAUCAGCUUAACGGAGCAAGUUAUAAGGAGUUUAUUGCCUUUCUCAAGCGCGAUAAACAGCGAAUGGACAGCAUCGCAUCAGAGUAUCACGUGACUGUGGAACAGGUGGAGAAAUGGGUUCAAAAAGAAGCCGCUCGACUUUCGCUGAUCGGAGUGAUUGAACGUCCUGAAAACCACGUGAAGUACGAAGACAUCGGUAACAUAUGGUUCGACGAACAGCCUGCUACUUGGAAGAACGAAUUGUUGUCGCAUCUUCGAAGCGUGACUCGGGAGCGACCCUUCUCUCAGCAAGAAUUUGAGAGCUAUUUGAUCAGCAACAAGCCAAUUUUCGAACGGAUUACCAGCCAGUACCACGUCACAAUCGCAGACGUUCAUUUGUGGCUGAGCCAGAGCGCUAAGAGCGAGGGCCUGGUCACCACCGAGUGGCAAACUAAGGAACGACUUUACAUCGAGGAACUUAUCAACCAACAACAUCGCAAGCAGCAACGGUGGACCAUCGAUGAGCUAGAGCUCUGGCUAAGCCACGAUCUAAAGCACCUACAGGAUGCCGUCGUCCAGUAUCAUUUGACAGCCGAAGAGUUGAAGGUGUGGUAUAAGAACGAGCUAAGUCGACUGGUGGAGCAACACAAAAUAGACCGUGGCUCGGACCUCGCGUGGCACUCUCAGGAGUUGCAACGGAUAUACCUGGUGAUUGUGAAUAACACGGACAUAGAUAAGAUAGCUUUAGAAAAAUCUACUUUUGAUGACGUCCAUCUCCUAGCGUCACAAUAUCAGACUUCUGUCGAUAAGCUAAGGCAGUUCAUUCUGAAUAAGCUGAGUCACUUCUCGGACUUGGGCAUUUUGAAGGAUGUAAGACGACAGAGCAAUAACUGGCAUGAACAGGAACGAAAUCGUUUGCGAGAAGUGGCUGCUGGUGUUGUGAUUACUGAAAAGGAGCUUCUAGAUUUUGUCGCACAGGACACAAGCUUCCAGAAACAAUUAGCUCAGUUCUAUCAGGUGGGUCUGGAUCAAUUAGCGCCCGUGCAGCGCAUAUUUAUCGGCAACAUGAAACGAGAAAAAUUAUUAGAACAGCGCCGAUUAAAUAAGUUAACCACUUGGCAACAGCGGGAACGUGAUCGCCUUUACGAAUUUAUCGGCAAUCAAAACAUUACGCAGGCUGAGUUAAAUAAUUGGCAGAACCAGGCUACCAAUUUGCUAGAGGAAUUCUCAUUGAAAUACGAAAUCACAGCUCAGCAACUAAAAGACUGGCAAAAGAAGGAGCUUGGACGCAUUAACCAGAUAGCGCGAUACUAUGCCAUGUCGCAGAGUGACCUGCAACAAUUUCGUGAGGGCGAACUUCGCCAAAUAGUUCACGUUAACCAUCGCUGGUUUAUGACCCCUACCGAAUCCAAAACAUAUGAGAAGCGUUUUCAAUGGGCUCUGAGCCGGCUGCAAAGUCGCUUUGGCACGUUCGGUCAAGACCUGGUUGUUUGGCGCCGCACCCUUUUCCUACUAAGCCAGGGUCUCAUUGACUUAUCGGUAGACAGCGGCUCUAAAGGCGGCUACGUACUGGAUCCAGGAAGCACCAACGCUACUGUUGCCUACAAACCAAUAUUCUCCAAAGAUCGCGGGGACCAGCCGCCGCACACUUAUGAGGAUACCUUUGUUGACGGUGACGAACCUGGUCUGGAGGGAGAGGCAACCCGUUCUCGACUAUCACAGCCCUCUAUUUUUCUACCUUCAUCCACUCCUCCGGUUCCCUAUAACCAAGUUGUACCACUUAGUGGCUUAGAAUACCUUCGUCAAUACCACACCUCAAAUGUUCCAGUGGGCACUUCCGCUGCCUCGGUCAACGUUGGGCCGGCCCUAUCCUCAGCCAGUGCUAGUUCAACCAUUAAGAAAUGGAAUCGGGCGGCUGGCGAUGAAGCAUCGCAACAAAAUUAUGAUCCUAGCCAACAGUUAGAGAUCGAUGAGCUGGAAUGGAACGAAAAUCUUAAGGAUCUUCGUCAGCAGGAGGUUGAGGACCAUGACUUGAAUCUUCAGACAGAGAACCUAAGUCAGCAGCAGAUUCAGGUUGAAGAUGUUCGUAAAACUCACGAGCUGGACCCCAACAAUAGCAGGAACAAAAUUGAGGUAAAAGCGACUGCACAGCCAUCCUUCUGGGAGAAGCUUAAGGGUAAACUCGGCUGAGAAGAAAAACAAAAAACGGUAAUUUACCGAAGAGCUUGCAGAGUCUGACUUAUAAAGUGGCUACGCGAGUUCAUAAAAAAUAUAAUAUUUUCUACAGAUAUUUCUUUAAUCACUAGUUUUAAUAAAAAAAUAUUUUUU